GUGUGCGCCCAAGUGGACAGUUGUUACGCGAGCAGCAGGUGUUCGACACGAGUGAUUUAUACCACUCGUGGAGAAACACUGUUAAAUAUCUCACUCAUCUGAGAGCCGACAACGAGGGACGAAGGAAUAGCGGCUUGCAAUGAAACCAGUUUGAGACUGGACAUCAGUGUCCGCAGCUCACUCGGACAGUUUGAGAGUCAAAACCUACUUCGCGUUUUUCCUAUUGGAACGAGUGAGGUGGAGACAUUUACGCAGUGUCUCAUACGGAGCUUCAACAGAGGUGUGAUUUGAACGGUGUUGACUUCAGAGUGCUGUUGAUGGGUUCCAAGAGUGUGGGAAAUCGUUUUGCACCAAAACACAGCCUUAAAAAGUAGUUAGCAUCUAUUCAAAUAGCCCCUGUACUGAGCCUGAGCCUGGUCUGCAGCCCUCGGCCUGAGGCUGGAAGGGGAUGGGGACACUGGCCCUUUGCAGCCACUACUCACAGCUGUCAUGGAAACGCAGCGUCAUAGUGGCAUUGCUACUGUUUCACCUGUGCUGCCUGCAAGUAUGGGCAUCCUGUCGCAUCCUGAGGUGCAACUCUGACUUUGUAGCUGUCACCCUGGACCUUGGGGGCAGCGGUGGGGGCGGAGGAGGCGGCAGCAGAGAGGGCAAUGCGGGCUACUGCAGUGCCCUCCGCUCCUAUGCCAUGUGUACCCGCCGCAUGGCCCGUUCCUGCCGGGGUGACCUGGCCUACCACUCAGCCGUGCAGGGCAUCGAGGACCUCCUCAUCCAGCACAGCUGCCCCAGGACAGGCCCCACCGCUCAGCCCCGGCCCCUGCCACAGGCCCCCAUCUCUGGGGACGCCUGUAUCUACGAGAAGGGCUACCUCCAGCGUGAGGGCCGGACCCCUGACUAUCUCCACUGUGGGGUGUUCGGGGAUCCCCAUGUUCGCACCUUCCGUGAUGAGUUCCAGACGUGCGCUGUACAAGGGGCCUGGCCACUGAUAGAUAAUGAGUAUCUAUACGUUCAGGCAACUAGCGCCCCCAUGAGAGGAGGGGUGUAUGCCACGGCUCUCAUCACGAUUACCAUCAUCUUUAAGAACUGGCGCCAGUGUAUCGAGCAGCAGAUCUACCAGGCGGAGCUGGACAACGUUCCCGCAGCCUUCUUGGACGGCUCAGUGACCAGCGGGGAGAGGCAGGGCCAGCACAGCCUGAGCGUCCACUCUGAUCUGCCUGGGCGCCAGGCUGAGAUCCGUGCUGCCCACAUCGGCACCACCCUGGUGGUGCGUCAGAGUGGGCGGUCCCUGGGCCUGUCAGUACGCUCGCCAAGUGCCAUUGCUGAAGCAUUCACCCCCGAGCAGGACCUGCAGCUGUGUGUAUAUGGCUGCCCACCUUCACAGCGCCUAGAGACGCUACCCAGCCCCUCUUCUUCCUCCUCCCUUUCCUCCUCUUCCUCCAGCCAGCCCUCUGCUGCAGCCCAUGUCCACUGUGCAGCCCUCCUCCCUGCUAGGGACAUCUACUACCAGGCCUGCCUGUUUGACCUGCUGGCCACAGGGGACCUCAACUCCAGCACGGCGGCCGUGGCGGCCCUGGAAGACGCCCGGGGAAUGAUCUCAGACCCCAAUAAGGUGCAUCUGCUACUGGUGGGCAAGGCCGAUGGGAGUAGCCCAUGUCUGCCUCUGAUCCUGGCUGUGGCCGUCCUAUCAGAGCAUCUGUUGGCUCUGUGGACGGGGCAGUGUUUAUGAACUAGUGACUGGUAGGAGCUUUGGGCAUAGUCUGUGACCGAGCAGAUGCUCUUUCUUCAUACUUGAUGGCCUUGUUUCAUAAACAACAGGCAUCACCUUUGACUGGUUGGAACCCAGUGGCAUUGUGACUGGUUACAGAAGUCAAUGUUUCCCUGAUUCGUUUUCUUCCAGCAGGAAAAUAAUGUUGAUAGGAAUAAAUACAGGUGAAUGCUCUCAGUGAGGAUAGAAGUGAACUCUUGAAGCCUGACACUAGUUGUGUUGAUUCUAAUCCCUUAACUAUACUGAGCCAAAUGUAUUAAAACAAUAUGUAUUAUCCGUCUCAGCACAGAGGAUGGCAUGCUGCGGCCUGUUGCAUAAUUCCACGAAUUCAGACAGUAAAUGGAAUCUUUAACUCUUUUUUUUAUAUACUUUCUGUUAUUUUCCGUUUAUUUUAUCAUGGAGGGAAUUUAGUGGUUUAUUUAUAGUAAAUAUAAUACUACAGUGGUAUCAUCCUCUGUAAAGAAACUAAUUUAUCACUAAUUUAUUACGUCAUCUUUGUGUGUCUACAUUUGGUUUGCAGUGAGUUGUAAUAAUGUCUCGAUUUCAUAAGGGAAUGUUUUUGAAUGUACGUUUGGUUCAUAUGUCAGAAUUUGUAAGACAAUGUUUACAAUGUAUUGUUCAUACUGUUCAUAUUUAUCCCUACUGUAGUAAAAAAUAUAUCUUCCCAAAGUUACUCAUACCAUCUUUCUAAAACAAUAGGGAUCAAGCAAAGAGUAAAUGAAAAUAAUAUAUUGUUUUCCAAAUGCUGGAAAAUACCUCAAAUUGCCUUCCAUGUAAUAAUGUGAUCUCUGACAAGGAUAAAAAAUAUUUAUACCUACAGAUUCUAAUAUAUUUCCCUUUGUGAGUUUUAUUAAAUUUGAUCGUUUUUUCCCCAAGACCCGAAAAUGGUCUGUAUAAUGUCCUGAGUGUGUAUUUUUAAUGAGCGACCUUAACUGGGGUUUUGUGAACCUUGAAAUGUCCAAUACAACUGCAGUAUUCCUCUGGAGGUACUACUGAGGCAGCAUUUGGGUGAGUUGAGUUCUCUUUCGCUGUGACUGGCAGCUCUCUUCUGCCCUCUGAUGUCAGAUGUCUUCUCUGAUGACUGCCCAGCAUUCCUGUUGUUGCUUCUGUGAUAGCUGGAAUGAGUCCAUUAGCUUCUCCGAUGGAAUAGGUCAAUGUAGAAAGUGAUA